AGUUUUAAUCAGAGAAGAAGUCUUAAUACGACAUUGUUGUCUCUGUCAUAAGCUAGUAUAAUGUGCAGAAAAGCUUUAAUUAAGAUAUACGUAUUUAUAUUUAUAUUAAUAAUCAUAACACUACUAGUGUUUAAUAGUUCAGACAAAUCUGCUGAUAUUGAUUAUUCAUUUCCUGAUGGAUUUCUCAUUGGUGCUGCUUCAUCUUCUUACCAAGUUGAAGGAGCUUGGAAUACAAGUGGUAAAAGUGAAAGUGUUUGGGAUAACUUUGUGCACACACGCCCGGAGAAAAUAGCAGAUCGAUCCACUGGAGAUAUUGCGUGCGAUUCCUACCAUAAAUAUAAAGAAGAUAUCCAAUUAAUGAAAGAUAUUGGUAUAAACCAUUAUAGAUUUUCUUUGAGUUGGGCUCGAAUACUCCCAACGGGUUACUCUAAAGACGUUAACAAAGAAGGUCUUCGUUAUUAUCACAAUAUUCUUGAUGAAUUAGAAAAACAUAAAAUCGAGCCUAUGGUUACUAUAUAUCACUGGGAUCAUCCACAGAGUUUAGAACGAUUGGGUGGUUGGAUGAAUGAAUUAAUGGCAGAUUUUUUUGCUGAUUACGCAACUGUUGUAUUUAGAGAAUUCGGACAUCGAGUAAAAAUGUUCACUACCAUCAAUGAACCGUAUAUAUAUUGUAUUGUAGGCUACAAAACCUUACGAUUUGCUCCAGGUCUUAAUCUAAGUGGUUGGGGUGCAUAUCAGUGUGUUCAUAACAUGUUAAAGGCUCACGCUAUUGCUUAUCACAUUUAUGACAGAGAAUUUCGUAGCCAACAAAAUGGUAAAAUCGGAAUCAUCAUGCCAUGCUUUCAGCAUUACAGUAAAGAUAAAAAUGAUUUGGUGUCUACAAAUAUUGCUUUUGAGUUUCAAUGUGGGUGGACUGCGCAUCCAAUUUUUUCCAAGGAUGGCGAUUAUCCAAAAAUUAUGAAGCAAAUGAUCGCAAAAAACAGUAAACUCGAGGGUCGAAAAAGAUCCAAACUACCCACGUUUUCUAAACAAUGGAUUGAAUACAUUAAAGGAACUUCAGAUUAUUUUGGACUCAAUCAUUACACUGCUGAUUUGGUUGAACCAUCACCUGAAGCAGCAGCAUUUGAUUCUCUGAAUGAUGACGGAUUACUUUAUACAGUAGAUGAAAAAUGGCUUUCAAGUCAAAGCAAAUGGCUAAAGGUUGUUCCUGAUGGGUUAGGAGAAAUUUUAAGACAGAUUAAAAAUAGGUACAACAAUCCUCCUGUUUAUAUAAUGGAAAAUGGAGUCUCAGAUCCAAACACUGUUAACGAUACAAUUAGGAUUCAAUAUUUGUAUGCAUACAUGAAAGAAAUGCUUGUUGCAAUGAAAAGAGAUAAUUGUAAUAUAAAAGCUUACACAAUAUGGAGUUUCUUAGAUAGCUUCGAAUGGGAUAUGGGUUACGUAGAUCACUUUGGACUUAUCAGUGUCGAUUUCAACGAUCCCAACAGAAAACGAACACCCAAAAAGUCAGUUUCGUGGCUGAAGUCAGUUUUAAAGUCUCGUAAAUUAAUGCCUAUAAUAGAUUACACCUAAAUAGUAUUGAUAGUUCAGUUGCAUGUUGACUCCAAAAAGUAUUUUAUUGCUGCUUUUUACAAAUAUUUAAAUACAAAUAGAAAUUUGUUUAAGUACUUGUAUUUUUCUAAAUAUAAAAAUAAGCGUGAUCAAAUCCAUGCAAAUGGCAAACAUUUUUGGCAAAACUCGACGGCAUGCAUAUCAUGAUUGUCUAAGAACUAAGAAGCGAAUUUACUACAUUUAAUAAAUGUUACUUAAUAUUACAUUACUAGAAUUCAAAUACGCAUGUAAAGUGCUUCAAUUUGAAAAAUUCCUUAAAACAAGAGAUUUGUUUUCUUCGAAAAGAGCGACAAAUAAUCAAAUUUUCGAUGUCAAGUUAUUAUUUUCACUUUCCUAGUAAAAACGCUCAAUCAUCAUUAUCUAACGAUUUACCAUCUUCGUGAGUGUUAGCCAUCAAAAUUCAGUACCGACUAUCCGCGAAUCGCGUGUGUUCCGUAAAAAAUCUCAAAACUUAAAUUAUGAUAAAUUAUGCAGUGGGAAAUCAAAGAUUUGUGAGAUGAAACAAAAAAUACAAUUUUUAGCAACUCAAGACAAAUAUCAAUUUUUAUUUACUCUGACAAAUUAUUUUAAAUGUCAAACAAUACACUAUAUAUUAAUAUUCGCUUAAAAUGAUUAUCAUAUGUAACAUAGUCGAUGAUUUCGACAGGCUUUAAUUUUAUAUUUAUGUACGUUUACGUUUACAAUUAGAAAUUGUGAACAGCAAUGACAUAAACAUUUACCAUUGCGCCAGAAUAUCGUAAGAGUAUUUGUUUAAUUUUCAUAAGCAUUAAUCAACUAAAUCUGCAUUCUGUGUACAGUAUAUGAAAUGUAAAAGCUAAAUGAUUCAUUGUAUAAUAAAACUAUUUUCUGAAGCAUAA